AUGGUCCGAACGACUGUGGAAGAGGAGAAGCGACGGUGGAUCGAAGAGCUUCGCGCGGCGCGGGAUGAUGUGUGUCGGUUGAGAAUCGAGCUCGCGCACGCGAAGGAGAAGGCGAAAAUGAGUGGAGGGAGGCGCGAGGCUUCUAAAUCGAUCGACGUUUACGCGGACGAAGAGAGCGACGAAGACGCAUCGUCGUCCGAUUCCGACGCGCGUGGUGAGAGUGAAAGCUUGUCGUUGACGGAAGCGGCGGAAACGUUGCGUGAGUUGUCUCUCGCGCUCUGCGAUGCGGCGAUCGAGCGUAGAGUCAUAAAGAAGCAGACGCCGAAGAAGCGCGCCAAGGCGAAGAAACCGAUCGGCAAGUCCACGGCGAAAACGAAAGAGCCCAAGCAGACGACACCCGUGGGAGAGACGGCUCGACGCGCCCUGCGCGCGAGACACGCCAUGAAAGUAUUGAAUUACGCCGAGCCGAGCUUGAAGACGAAGCUUCGACGUCCGAGCGGGUUCGACGAGAUCGAAGAACGCAAAGUCGUCGGCCCGCUCGCGCUUUCGCCGCCGCGCCCGCUCGCGCCGCCGCCGUCGCCGGAAAAUUCUCCCCCACCGCCUCGCGACGCAUCACCGGCGCCAGCGUCCACCAUCAAAACGCACGCCAGUCCACCCGCGAGAUCUCCGCUCGACGUCAUCGCCGACGUCCCCAGAAUCGAACCGCCGUCUUCGCCGAUUCGCCGGCGCGUCGCGCGUUCGAUUCCGCGCGUCGACUACCUCGAGCCCGACCUCGUUCGCAAGAUGCGUCGACCGUGA